AUGGAUAUGGUCACCGAAGAGGAGAGCCGAUUGAGACGACUGGCUAAGGUUAGCAAGGAGGGUGCGCUGUCGUCGCAUCGAGCUCAUCUGCUGAGCGACUUGGAUGGAUUUUGUGUCCAUCCGAAAUACGGCAUGAGUAUACUCGAUGUGGAGAAGGUGAAAGCGGAGCUUGAAAGCUAUGAUGUGGACGGCUCGGGUACCAUCGACAAGGGGGAGUUCUAUUGCUUUAUUCGGAACAUCUUUGGAGCCAAGGACAAGUACGAUAUCCCCGAGAAAAUAUUGGAGGAAUUCUGGAAGAUGUUGAAUGCUGGCGACUCGGGAGAAGUCACCUUGGAACAGUUCCUCGCCUUCUUUUGGAAGUACUUCUGGACGAGGGGCUUAGACACUCCCGGAGCUCAGAUCAGUAUUCUUGAUUGUAUAGGGCGGGUGCCGACGUGGUCAGAGGAGCGGAUCGUGGAGAUCGCCUUUGGCAACUUGCUCCAGACGCUCGCGAGAGGCUUGGAGGUUGAGGACUCCGGGAACGCAGGAGAUAAGGAGUGUGUUGAGCCUGAGCCGGCGAGCAAGAAAUUGAUCAGAGCCGUUCUAUUGAGGAUACUGGGGAAGUGA